UGAACAGCUCCGCAACGAACCGAACGGUUUCCACACUUCUCGGAUCAGAUCAAUGUUCUGAUCCAGAAGACCGUUUCCCAGGGAGACGACAACAUAUAUACAUCUAUAUUGCUUCGGUGGAGGAGCCCACAUCGACGAGCUGGAAGUUUGAUGCCAUUUUCCAGCUCUGCGAGGAGAUAGCGGACCGUAUCCGGAACGAGAUUGACCAGUUUCCCGGCUACGAGUACCAGAUCAACUUUCUGAUCCGGACUCUUCCACAUACGAGUGGGGAGGAGCCUCUUCACGCUACCGUCCAUUUCCAGACAAAAGACCAAGCGGAUAAUGGCAAUUAUGUCGUUGGCCACGUCAAUGUGAAGGAGCAGAACCGCGCCUACGAACUGGCAACGGGCGAUCUUAGCCAGGAUCUGAAAUGGUGGCCAGAAACAGUCCUCAAUUACGAAGAAGAACAGCAAAAGAAGGACGCGGACAAAGCAGCGGGAAUAAGAAAAGUGGCCUAA